AUGCUUGGGCUUGAGUCACUUCCUGAUCCCUCCGACACCUGGGAAAUUAUAGAGACCAUUGGGAAAGGCACAUAUGGAAAAGUCUAUAAGGUAACAAAUAAGAAAGAUGGGAGCCCUGCAGCUGUAAAGAUCCUGGAUCCAAUCAGUGAUAUGGAUGAAGAGAUUGAGGCAGAAUACAACAUCUUACAAUUUCUUCCCAACCAUCCAAAUGUGGUAAAGUUUUACGGAAUGUUUUACAAAGCUGACCAGCAUGUGGGUGGACAGCUAUGGCUGGUCCUCGAGCUGUGCAAUGGAGGUUCUGUCACCGAUCUCGUCAAGGGUCUACUGAAGUGUGGCCAGCGGCUGGAUGAAGCUCUAAUCUCCUACAUCUUGUGUGGAGCACUUUUGGGGCUCCAGCAUUUGCACAAUAACCGGAUCAUUCACCGUGAUGUCAAGGGGAAUAACAUUCUUCUAACAACAGAAGGAGGAGUUAAGCUCGUUGACUUUGGUGUUUCAGCUCAGCUAACCAGUACACGUCUACGAAGAAACACGUCAGUUGGCACACCAUUUUGGAUGGCUCCCGAGGUCAUUGCUUGCGAACAGCAGUACGACUACUCCUAUGAUGCUCGCUGUGACGUCUGGUCCCUGGGGAUCACGGCUAUAGAACUGGGGGAUGGAGACCCGCCCUUGUUUGACAUGCAUCCUGUGAAAACCCUCUUUAAGAUUCCAAGGAAUCCUCCACCUACCUUACUUCAUCCAGAAAAAUGGUGCUGGGGUUUCAACCACUUCAUUUCACAGUGUCUUAUUAAGGAUUUUGAAAAGCGCCCAUCUGUCACCCAACUCCUAGAACACCCAUUUAUUAAAGAAGCCCAUGGUAAGGAUUCGACUCUGCAGAAACAGUUGGCUAAGCUUCUCCAAGACCAGGAAACAUAUCUAGGCUCUGUUGUCAAACCCAGGCAUGAAACCAUGUAUACCAGAAGACUUUGUCAUGUGAACGCUCCUGAAAAAUGCUCCCUGGAUGAUGAUUUGGUUAACCUGGAGGUUUUAGAUGAGGAUACAAUUAUUCACCAGCUACAAAAGCGUUAUGCAGAUUUGCAGAUUUAUACUUAUGUUGGUGACAUCUUAAUAGCCUUAAAUCCCUUUCAAAAUCUCAACAUAUACUCUCCACAGUUUUCCAAACUGUAUCAUGGUGUGAAACGAUCCUCAAAUCCCCCCCACAUAUUUGCCUCAGCUGAUGCUGCUUACCAAGGCAUGGUAACUUUCAGCAAAGACCAGUGCAUUAUCAUCAGUGGAGAGAGUGGUUCUGGGAAGACAGAAAGUGCCCAUCUGAUUGUCCAACAUUUGACCUUCCUGGGAAAGGCCAAUAACCGGGCUCUGAGAGAGAAAAUACUCCAGGUGAACCCCUUGGUGGAAGCAUUUGGUAAUGCCUGUACUGCCAUCAAUGACAACUCAAGUCGCUUUGGAAAAUAUCUUGAAAUGAUGUUCACACCAACAGGAGCUGUAAUGGGGGCAAAAAUUUCUGAAUACCUCUUGGAAAAGUCCAGAGUUAUAAAACAAGCUGUAGGAGAGAAAAAUUUUCACAUUUUUUACUAUAUUUAUGCUGGUCUUUAUCACCAAAAGAAAAUUUCUGUGUACAGCCUACCAGAGAAAAAGCCUCCUAGGUACAUAGAUAAUGAGACAGGAAGGGUGAUGGAAGACAUUAUUGCUAAAGAGUCAUAUGGAAAACAAUUUGAAGAAAUUCAGCACUGUUUUAAGAUUAUAGGAUUCACUGAUGAGGAGGUACAGUCAGUGUACAGAAUCUUAGCUGCCAUUUUGAAUACUGGAAACAUUGAGUUUGCAUCAAUUUCUUCAGAACAUCAGACAGAUAAGAGUGAAGUGCCCAAUUCAGAAGCCCUGGAAAAUGCGGCCACCCUGCUGGGCAUCAGCUCAGAGGAACUCCAGGAAGCUCUCACCUCACAUUGUGUGGUCACCAGAGGGGAGACUAUCAUCCGCACCAACACUGUGGACAAAGCUGCCGACGUCCGGGAUGCCAUGUCAAAAGCCCUGUAUGGGAGGCUUUUCAGCUGGAUUGUAAAUCGCAUCAACACGUUGCUCCAGCCAGACAAAAAUAUAUGCCGUGCAGAACGUGGGAUGAAUGUUGGAAUUCUGGAUAUCUUUGGAUUUGAGAACUUCCGGAGAAACUCCUUUGAGCAGCUCUGUAUAAACAUUGCCAAUGAACAAAUCCAGUACUAUUUCAACCAACACAUUUUUGCACUUGAGCAGAUGGAAUAUCAUAAUGAAGGAAUUGAUGCCAGUGUGGUAGAAUAUGAAGAUAAUCGCCCCCUCCUGGAUAUGUUUCUCCAGAAACCAAUGGGACUACUUUCUCUCCUUGAUGAAGAAAGCAGAUUUCCCCAGGCAACAGACCUGACUUUAGUUGAUAAAUUUGAAGAUAAUCUUCGAUGUAAAUAUUUCUGGAGGCCAAAACGAGUGGAGCUAUGCUUUGGCAUUCAGCACUAUGCUGGAAAGGUUUUAUAUGAUGCUUUUGGCUUUCUUGAGAAGAACAGAGACACGUUGCCUGCUGACAUCGUCAUGGUCCUGAGAACUUCCGAGAACAAACUUGUUCAGCAGCUCUUCUCUAUUCCAUUAACCAGAACAGGUAACCUGGCCCAGGCAAGAGCAAGAGUGACUGCUGCAUCCAGGUCUUUGCCUCCUCAACUCAGUGCUGGGAGAGUCAAGGUUAGUCCCCAGUUCCAGCCCCUUCACUCCCUCUCCUCAAUGCCUCCUCCUGUGGACACCCUAGAAGUGAUGCAUCAUCCAGAAGAAACUACUAACAUGAAGAGACAAACUGUAGCUUCGUACUUUCGGUAUUCACUGAUGGAUCUGCUCUCCAAAAUGGUGGUUGGGCAACCUCACUUUGUCCGCUGUAUUAAACCCAAUGAUGACCGAGAGGCCCUGACAUUCUCCAGGGAGAGAGUGCUGGUACAGCUUCGUUAUACUGGGAUUCUAGAAACUGCCAACAUACGCCGGCAGGGGUAUUCCCACCGCAUCCUCUUUGAAGAAUUUGUGAAAAGGUACUAUUACUUGGCAUUCAGAGCACAUCAGUCACCACCUGCUAACAAAGAAAGUUGCAUUUCUAUCUUGGAAAAGUCCAAAUUAGACCACUGGGAACUGGGGAAAACAAAGGUUUUUCUCAAAUAUUACCAUGUAGAGCAGUUAAAUUUGCUGCUUCGAGAAGUAAUAGGCAGGGUGGUGGUCAUGCAGGCUUAUGCCAAAGGAUGGCUUGGAGCUAGGAGAUAUAAGAGAGUUAAAGAGAAAAGAGAAAAAUGUGCCAUUAUCAUUCAGACAGCCUGGAGAGGAUAUGAUGCUCGCAGGAAGUUAAAGAAAAUAAGCAACAGAAGAAGUGAGGCUGCUGCUCAUAUUCAAGCAGUUUUUAGGAGUUAUCUUAUCCGCAAAGGUAGUACAGGAUCCCUAGCCCUCCAUGGCUGCGCAGAAGGGAGAGAAUCCACAAGAAUUUGCUUUCCUAUGACUGGAAACUCUAAUGGAAGCUGGUGAGUCUUGGUUCUUGAGUAUAUAAUACCUAAGGCUGGCUACCUCUCAUCCAAUCAGUACUGCAGUGGCAUUUAUUCUUGUCUCAAUAUGGAAAGUAAUAUGAUUUACCUAUUUUAAAUAUUUGAAAAAUAUUAUUAAUAGUCCAAAUAGUGUGCGCUUAUAAUCUUUGCUUCUAGGGAAGGCUUCCUGGUGGCUCUCUUGAGCUUGAGAACUCUGAGCUGAAUUGGGGCUAACAUUCAGGGUGGAGUACCCUAAGUAGGAAGGAAGCGGGGUAGAAGGAAAGUAGAGACAGGGAGAGAAAGGAAAGAAGGAAGA